AUGUCACUGAAACAAUCCGUUCUGUCUCAGUUUGAUUUUCGGAUUCCGAGGAUGAGCCGGACGACGAAGCCGAGGAACGCCUCAGAUAAAGAUGUCUCAGACGCUACUCUCCCGGCAAGAACAACUUAUUCUAUUGUGAUUUUUUGUGAUUUUUUUGGCGGGUUCGGUCAGGAGAGACAAAAGAGAGAUGCUUUCUAUCAGUCAAAAGGGGAUAGCGCCCCCCGCCAUGCUCCCACGGCCCGCUUACCGAGGAAUAGAAAGGGAGGACCGGGGGGGUCCAGAGCAAGUAGGGUUGGGGUAUAG